CCCAUUUUGAUUUUUGACUUGUGUAGCUUUUUUUCUUUUGCUACCUCCCUCUUCCUCCUACUGGCAUGGCAGUAGCUGUGUUUCGUAGCUUGAGAAAGGCUUCUUCACUUGUUAAGCCACCAUCACCUUCCAACCCCUUCGUUCUCAGGCCAAUUUUUCAUACCUCGGAAUCAAUUUUCUUUCCAUCUAGACACGUAAUUUCACUGAAUCUGCCAAAACCAUGCUGGGUGUUUAGAAAUUUGAGCCAUGGUACUGUAAACCUGGUGUUGUCAGAGGGGAAAGUCAAGUUUGAAACGCACAAGGUUGAUCCUCCAAAGAAGGAGAAAUGGCAGACGAAGAAGAGGCUGAAAAUGCAGAGAAUGAGAGAGAAGCAAAAGCGAAAAGAGGCUAAUAAGAGGGACCCGCGUAGGCUUACUGUCAAGAGGAAGAAGAAGCAGAAAUUUGCUAAUGCUGAAGAAAGAAUCAAGUACAAACUUGAGAGGGCCAAAAUCAAGGAAGCCUUACUGAUUGAAAGACUUAAGCGGUAUGAAGUUCCUAAAAUUCAGGGUCCUGAGGUCAAACCACAUGAUCUGAGUGGUGAGGAACGAUUUUUUAUCAAAAAGAUGGCCCAAAAAAAAUCCAAUUACGUGCCAGUUGGCAGAAGAGGAAUAUUUGGAGGCGUCAUUCUUAAUAUGCAUAUGCAUUGGAAGAAGCAUGAAACCGUAAAGGUUAUUUGCAAGAAUAGCAAACCUGGCCAAGUACAGGAAUAUGCUCAGGAAAUUGCCAGGUUGAGUGGUGGGAUCCCCAUACAGCUUAUUGAAGAUGACACCAUUAUAUUUUAUCGAGGGAAGAACUAUGUGCAGCCAGAAGUCAUGUCGCCAAUAGAUACAUUGUCCAAAAAAAGGGCAUUGGAAAAAUCCAAGUGUGAGCAGUCGCUCGAGUCCGUGAGGCAUUUCAUAGCCAUUGCAGAAAAGGAAUUAGAGCUGUAUUAUAGGCACAUUGCACUUUAUGGUGAUCCAAAUAAUAGGAAUCCCCUUUCCAUCUUGGACAGUCCAGCUAGGGAAUCUCAGAAACCGAAAAAAGAAAGCGAUGGUUUGUCUUCUGAUGGAUUUUCUCCAGGUGUUUCAGACACCCAAGUUGAUUCUAUUGAUAAAGAACACUCAGAAAUUGAAGAUGAUUACUUAUCCACAAAUGAAUCAGAUUCUUUAGGUAGCACAAGUGACUGGAAUGAUUAAGAAAGAGGAGAUAUCUCCUUGAUGACAGAAAUGAGUUCCUCCACAAGGUUAGGUGCAUCACCUAAAUUUGACCAUGAAAAUCAAGAUUAUUUAAGAGGGAAUGAACUGUAGAAGUGAAUAUCUCUCUAAUUCAUAAAGUCAUUUCCCCUUCUCAACUUCCUUUAAUACAGGUUAUCAUAGCCUGGUUUCAUCCUCCA